AUGGGCAUGUUGUCAGUUGUGAAGGUGACAAGUCUGAAUGUGCCCAGCAUUCCAGGUCUGCGUGAGCCAGGUUUAUUGAGGGUACUUCAGGGAGUCCAAACAGCGGCGGUGGGAGUGGUAACGGUGAUGGAGAAAGAGGACGAAGGAGGGGGGGUUAGCGACGUGAGCGAUUAUGCCAAGCACAGGUCCUCACGUCACCGUGAAUUUGCGCUGUCGAGACGACGAACAUCAUUAGCAAACUCGUGUUCGCCAACACUCUUUGCCGUACGGCCCUCCGCGCGCGCCACCUUCACUCUCGCAUUCUGGCGUGAUUUUAUUCCUCUCGUCAACUUCACCGCCCCUCGCUGGGGCCAAUACGGAGACGUGUAUGAGGCCCUUUGGAGGCGGCACAAUUCGAUUGUGGCAGUCAAAACUCUAAAGCAAGACGUCAACCUUAAUUUGAACGAUUUCCUAGCUGAGGCCUCCAUAAUGAAGAAUCUACAGCAUAAAAACCUUGUCCGACUACUGGGUUGGUCGUGGGAGGCUGCGGAUCGCCCGUCGUUUGCUGAAGUGCGUGCAGAACUGGAGGAAAUGUGGCGAACCAUUGACAUGGGUGAAGCAGUGAGCUUUUCACAUCCUGGCAUGCUUCGUGGUGCCUUCAACUACCAUUUCGCUACCGACCAGUACCCGAUUUAUCGCCUGCCUGUAGACGCUGUCAGUUCAACUUUCGCACGUGUUUUCCCCUUAGCCGUGGCCGAGGAGUUGGCGAAGCAGUCCGCACUGAGCGGCAACACGGACCACCUUCGCCAACACCCGCACUUCGCGACCGACGCCGACGCACACGCCAUGGCCGCAAUAACCUCGCCCCACCAGCCGGUUCAGUUGUUGUCUGGCCGGAAGCGGUCGAGGCGUCGGCACGACGCUGGUGCCUCGUCACCCUCCACGUCCACCUCUUCGGCGACUUCCGUCGAGACUGAUGGGGAAGACGGCGAUGACGAAAGUGAGGAGGCGCAUCCACUGGGAAGUGAGCAUGGUGUUCACAAUUCGGCAUCCAACUGGAAUGCGACAAGAGCGUGUGGAAAUUGUUAUCAGGGCGACUACGUUGGUGGUGGCAGCGGCAGUGGUGGUGGUGGCGUUGGGGCGCCGGCCUCGGAUUUGCCCCUGCCCACUGCAGGCUCGUCGUCACGUGACAGUCAACUCUCCGCUCCCGCGUGCCUGCCGUCGCCCCAGCAAAGACCCGCCCCCCACGCCUACCACGGCCUCCAUCAGCAUCCACAUCGCCUUCACCACCACCGCCAACAACAACAACAACACGUGGAUUUUGGUCGGGUCGCGCCUCGACGACGUGGCCCCAGUCAUGCACCCAAGCGACCUGAUGAGAGUUCUUUGCGGUGUCCCGUGCGACAGAAGGAGAAGACGAUAACGCCGGCCGAGAGUGGUGUUGGUGAAUCAAUCGUAUCAGCGGACUCCCCAGGAUGCGAUAUCGCUCCACGGCAAAGGGAUGAGGAGACUGCCCUGGCGACCUCUGGUUUACGUCGCAAUCAUGGACCGACAACGGAGACAGGUGACCUGCCUGGUAAUAGCUGCUGUCCCACACCGACCGGGGACUUGACUGACGGUGACCUCGCGAAGCCGAUGUCUUUUUCGGCCACUGCUGACGAUGGGCAAGUGAAACGCGGCGGUCGACUGAACGCCGAGGCAGUCACUCAGUUCACUACACUCCCCGCCCAGGACAGGAUAACGCGUUACCUUGAGAGCCUUGGCGAACUAGGCGGCACGGAUGGAGAGCGGGGGCAACAGGUGAAUCGAUCGCAACAAAUCCAGUUGAUUCCCGACGGGUUCCCCAAGUUCCCACCUCCUCCUCCCAUCCCGCCCCCCGCGCAGUCCCACCGCAACUUACGACAAUCUGCCGAACGCCACAGAAACCAAGUGGGGCGUUCGGUGUCCUGCUACCAGACAGUUCCGAAUGUUCAACUUCCCGUCACUAACUGCCUCCAACAAGAAACCACGCCUCCCAUCUCCCUUCCUCUCUCCCCUGACACAAUUGACAGAAGCGAUGUCGACGAUCCUUGCAUCACCCCAACUGAUGAUGUCUACCAGAAUGAUGUCGUAUGUGAAGAAGACGAAGAAGAAGAGGAAUCGGGGCUGGAGGGAAGCAAGGAGCAUCAGCUGACUGCGCGUCUCAACAACCUCUCCUUGCAGGCCAACGAACUCUCCAGUGCUUGCCCCCAGCUCACCACGGAACUCUCUGCGCUGUCAAACCAACUGUCGGCGUGCCGCGAGCAGAUUGAGGGUCGUCUGCGCCGUGGAAAGACGGGUGAAGGUAGUGCAGCCGAAGACCAAUGCCUCAUGGGCAUAUCGCAGGCGCUUCGACAGAUUCAACAAGCCCUCUCUAACAUGAAGGCUCGCGUCGAUAGUCUGCAGCCCUCUCCUUUCAUUGCUGCCGUCUCCUCAUAG